AUGAGCCCCCAGGACAGUUAUGUGUACCCUUUCGAGUUCCUUCUGUUGGUGGGGAUACCUGUGGCCAGCGCUUUCCUUCUGCUUCAGUGCCUUCGUUGGCACUGUUCUCGGUGGUUGCCAAAAGACUGCAGGAAUCCAGAUGACCGAGAGGAGACUGUGUUCCCACCCACUUCAUUACCAGAAUAUGAGCCCCCAAGGCAGUGCCCACCCCCAACACUACCGGAGAUGGCUGCAUUCUAUCAGGAGCUCCACACGCCCACCCGGGGCCAGACCAUCACCCAGAAGCUGAUGAAUAAGUUACUGGUGUAUUCUGCUCGAGAGGUGGACCACCGUGGUGGAUGUCUGAUGCUGCAGGACACAGGCAUUUCUCUGCUCGUCCCGCCAGGUGCUGUGGCAGUGGGUCGCCAGGAGAGGGUGUCCUUGGUUCUGGUAUGGGACCUGACGGAUGCCCCAUCAUUGUCUCACAGACAGGGGCUAGUGAGUCCUGUGGUGGCAUGUGGCCCUCAUGGAGCCUCCUUCUUGAAGCCUUGCACCCUCACAUUCAAGCACUGUGCCCAGGAGCCCAGUCAGGCCUGUGCCUACACCAGCAAUACUCCCUUGCUGGAUGCCAAGAACUGGAGGCGUCUGGGUCAGCCGGGGGCUUAUACCUCCCGGGAUGAGUGCCGUAUCCUGCUUUCUCACUUCAGCCUCUACACCUGCGUUCUGGAGGCGCCCCUGGGUCAGACAGCCCGCAAAUGGCUGCAGCUGGCAGUGUUCUGCUCCCCACUGGCGCCCGGGCAGACCCACCUGCAGUUGCGUGUCUACUUCCUGAACAAUACUCCCUGCGCCCUGCAGUGGGCUAUCACCAAUGAGCAGCCCCACGGUGGACGCAUGCGUGGACCCUGCCAGCUCUUCGACUUCACUGGGGCCAGAGCAGACCAGUGUCUGAAGCUCAAGUACAUCUCUGAGGGUUGGGAAAACGUGGAUGACAGCAGUAGCCAGCUGGUUCCCCACCUUCAUAUCUGGCAUGGAAAGUGUCCCUUCCGUUCUUUCUGCUUCCGGAGAAAGGCAGCCAAUGAGAAUGAAGACUGCUCGGCAGUAACCAAUGAGAUCAUUGUCACCAUGCAUACCUUCCAGGAUGGCUUGGAAUCCAAGUACAUGGAAAUCCUCAGGUUCCAGGCCUCAGAGGAAGAGUCCUGGGCGGCACCACCUCCUGUCUCUCAGCCUCCCCCAUGCAAUAGGCUGCCCCCGGAGCUCUUUGAGCAGCUGCAGAUGCUGUUGGAGCCCAGCAGUGUCACUGGGAAUGACUGGCGUAGACUGGCCUCCCACAUGGGACUCUGUGGCAUGAAAAUCCGGUUCUUGUCCUGCCAACGCAGUCCCGCCGCAGCCAUCCUGGAGCUGUUUGAGGAACAGAAUGGAAGCCUGCAGGAGCUUCACUACCUCAUGACCGCCAUGGAACGCUUGGACUGCGCCUCUGCCAUCCAGAACUACCUGAACCGAACCCCCCGGGGCAGCCCUGCCACAAUGCACGGAGGCACCUGGGAGAACCGUGGCCUGCAGCUGGAUGAGAAACUCUAAGCAUGGCCUGCGGGGCCUCGUGGGGUACUGCAGCAGGCCUGGUCAUGCCUGUGAGUUCAGGGUCAUUGGCACAGACCCGGGUGGACCGAGCUGGAACCUCCAGCGAGGCUAGACUGCCUUGCCAUCAGUCCUGCAUCAGGACCACUCUCUAUCCUGUUGGCCAACUUUGUCUUGAGUGCAGGUUCCCUCCUGGUCAGUAGAGGGCGCAGGAGUCUGGGAGAUGGCCACAGCCCAGUCAGCUUCCAAAAUGCUGCUUUAUUUUCUCGUGGACGGCCAGGUGGCCCUGCAAGCACACUGAGAUGGAGACUGCUCAGUCCACAAGUAUUCACGGAGCACUGAGUCUCAGCACCAAGCAGGAAUCAUGGGGGAAUGUCGGCUUCUUUGAUCUUGUUCUGGAGUCUGUUCUGCCGAAUUGAUGUGCAUUUACCGUCAGCUGAGCGCAACAUUCUAGAAGUGCCUUCCUAUGGUUAGGGAAUGCAGUGGAUGUGGAGCUGUGCUUAGCUUUGAGUUGAGAAGGGAGGACGCUGAGGUGGGCCGGAGCAAAGAGUAGUCUCCAGAGAGGAUCAUGGGAGAGGCCUUUGGGUGGGGCUUGGAGAAUAGGGUAGGUGCACAGAGAACCAAGAGUGAGUGUGUUGGGCCGCCUUGAGGAGCUCACCUGAGGGGCGGGGCGUGAGGAGGUUGGCAGCGGGUUCAAGGGCAGAUCUAGAGAAGGGCAGUCGUACCUACUGGCCUCACGCUCCUGUCCCUUCAUGUCUUCCCAUGAAGGUCGUUCUCUGCCACUGUCUCUCUCACCACACACACACACACACACACACACGCACGCAUGCACGCACACGCACGCACACAAGAAGCUGAGAAGCAUUCAGGGUGCACAUUCUUUCACAGCCCAGGUCUUUCCACCUCCAGCUGAGCGUGUUAAGCCUCUGGCUCCUUUUCCUACAGUUGCCCCCUUUCAGGGUCCUGUCCUUCUGUGGCUCAGGGCUUCACACUGCUUCGUCUCUCUCUAGUUAUGGAGCCCCCCCCCCAUCGUUGUGUGCUUUUUUUUUAUUAUUAUUAUUAAAACAAAUCCCCCAUCACUACCUCAGAACUACUGAAAGAGCCUCAACUAUUCGGGGAGUGAAUGAGCACAGAUUUCCCUCCAGAUCAAAGUCUCCUUUAAGGCCAGCAAGUAAAGACUGGAGAUUAAAGGCCACUCCCAGUCAAUAGUUCUGGAUAUUAAUACUCUUGCUUCCCAAUAGUUAUGUUAAUUUGUCCAAAGACUGAUGAUCUCUCUGGAAAGCCCCAACAGUUCACUUCCACAUUUAAGUAAAAUUUUGGUACUUUUUAAUGGUGAGCAAUAUU